AUGGAGGCCCGUCAGGAAACCUCCCUCUUCCUGGUGAAGAUCCUGGAGGAGCUGGACAGCAAGCAAAACACCGUGUCCUACCAGGACCUGUGCAAGUCCCUGUGUGCCCGCCUCGACCUGCCGCAGCUGGCCAAGCUCAGGAGCGUGCUCUUCUACACGGCCUGUCUCGACCCCAGUUUUCCGGCCACGCUAUUCAAGGACAAGAUGAAAUGCACCGUGAACAACCAGCAGUCAAAGAAAAUCAUGGUGGCGGCCGACAUCGUGACGAUCUUCAACCUGAUCCAAAUGAAUGGGGGUGCCGCCAAGGAGAAGCUGCCCACGGGCCGGCGGAAGGUGCGCCCGAAGGAGGCGCCCUUCGAGGCGUGCGGGCCGGAGGCGGAGAUCUGCAGCGCGGCCGAGUACGAGCCUCUCCGCUGCGAGCUGGGUGACCGGCCUUUCAGCCAGGGCUACCCCGCCAGGCAGCCCUCUAAGUGCCGGAAGGGGGAGUGCAAGGACUGCCCCAAGUUCGUGCCUGCCUCCGAGCCCAACUUCUUGCUGGGCGUCAGCAAAGAGGCGAAAGCCCGCGCCGCCUCGCCGGACAGGCUGCCGGCCCUGGCCCCGUACUCGGCGGCCAGCCCGCAGCCCUGCGAGAUGCAGAGGACCUACUUCCCCAUGAACAUCGAGCACGAGUCCCCCUCAGACCGGGACUCGCUGCCCAUCGCCCAGGGCGUCAAGGAGACCUUUGUCUCCCACGACGAGCCCUUCGGGGUCCCGUCCUGUGUACAGAAAAGGAGCAUCUUCAAGGAGGAUUUCCACAACCUGAUGGCCGUGUCCCCCAGUUUGGCUGGCCCCGCAAACAAGGCAGAGGGGGAGCAUGGGGAGCCCCCAAGCCGGAAGGAGCCCCACAAGAUACCCUUCUUGAAUCACAGCUUCGAGAUGCCCUACGACAGCCAGUACCUGAAUCCCCUGUACUCCCCUGUUCCCGACAAAAGGCGGGCAAAGCAUGAAAGCUUGGAUGACCUUCAAGCCUCCACGUAUUUUGGACCCACUCCUGUGAUGGGGACCCCAGAAGCCAGGCGGUGUCCGGGGAGGCCUGGCAAGCAGACCCCCUGGCCAGCCAAAAGCUGGAGCCUAAACACAGAAGAAGUCCCUGACUUCGAACGGUCCUUUUUCAAUAGAAACCCUUCUGAGGAGAAGCUGCGCUACGCAAAUUCCAGCAGCCAGUCCCCCAACUUCCCAGCACCGGACCAGCGCCCAGCUUACCUCACGCCGAAGGAGCAUCAGCCGAUGCUCCCUGUCGGCUACGCGGCGAAGCCCAACGGGCUCAAAUCGAAGGAGGUCUCGUCCCCCAUGGACCUGGAGAAGCACGAACCGGUCAAGAAGUACAAGGACAAGAGCAUCAGCUGUACCAGUGGGCAGCUCAGCUCAGACACCAGCAGCGUGGGCACCCAGACUGAGCAGCACGUGCUGGAGCCCAGGAAGUGCAAAGACCUGUGCGCCUCGGGGCCAGGCAGGUACGGCGAUCGGCACUCCAGGAAGCAGUCAGAUGAUGACUCGGAGGUCGUCAGUGAUGACAUCAGUGACAUUUUCCGAUUCCUCGACGACAUGAGUAUCAGUGGCUCGACGGGAGUGAUUCAGUCCUCCUGCUACAACAGCACAGGGUCCCUGCCCCAGCUUCACAGGUCGGACUGUGACAGUUCACCGGAGCGCAACACGCCCAAAGGUGCCAGCGGGCUCCCCGGCAGCAAAGGAGAAAAGGGCAGCCGGCCUGAAAACAGUCACCACUCAGAAGAGGAGCUGAAGACCAGUGUAUGCAAGCUGGUGCUCCGGAUCGGUGAAAUCGAACGGAAACUCGAGUCGCUGUCGGGCGUCCGCGAGGAGAUCUCCCACGUCUUGGGCAAGCUGAAUAAGUUGGAUCAGAAAAUGCAGCAGCCUGAGAAGGUGGGUGUGCAGAUGGACCUGAACUCCCUGACCAGCGAGGCUCUGUCCGAGGACAGCGCCUCCCCCCGGGCCUUCCGCGCGCACAGCGGCUCCCGCGGGCCCAAGCUGGAGAACAGUGCUGACUGGUGCUGCUCCGACGCCAGCGGGAGCAACAGCGAGAGCCUCCGUGUCCAGGCCCUGAAGAAGAGCCUCUUCACCAGGCCGUCCUCGCGGUCGCUGACGGAGGAGAACAGUGCCACAGAGUCCAAGAUCGCCAGCAUCUCCAACUCGCCCAGGGACUGGCGCACCAUCACGUAUGCCAGCCGCGGGGGCCUCGGCGAGGAGGAGGUAAAAGACAGAGGCCCGGGAGAGAGCAAGGACUGGCACCGAAAACCUAAAGAGGCGGACAGGCAGUACGACGCCCCCCCGCAGCACCGCCUGCCCAAGCAGCCCAAAGACGGCUUCCUGGUGGAGCAGGUGUUCAGCCCGCACCCCUACCCCGCCUCCCUCAAGGCGCACAUGAAGAACAACCCGCUGUACACAGACAUGCGGCUGACCGAGCUGGCCGAGGUGAAGCGGGGCCCGCCUUCCUGGGCCGUGGAGGAGUACACCCGGAACACGGGCGACAAGGGCAAGCUCGCAGCCCUGGACCUGCAGACGCAAGAAUCUUUAAAUCCAAACAACUUAGAAUAUUGGAUGGAAGACAUUUACACUCCAGGCUACGACUCGUUACUCAAACGCAAAGAAGCCGAGUUCAGAAGAGCCAGGGUCUGCAAGAUAACAGCGCUGAUCGCAGCCGCCGCCUGCACGGUCAUCCUUGUCAUCGUUGUGCCCAUCUGCACAAUGAAAUCAUGA